AUGGCGACUCAUACUGCUAUGGCCCAAGGCAGCGAUGCCUCAAUGCGAAACUCCUUAGAGCAACGUCUUGGUAUCCUUCAUUUUGUGUCAGAGAAGGAGCAUAGAUGGUAUGGCCAAGUCCGUACAAGAUUCACUGAUUUCCAAGUCCAUGAGAUCAAUAAAAAUGGUGAAGUGAUUCAUUUGCAUGACUUUCAGACAAGUGCAAGGGAAUUGGCAAAACCUAUUCCUGAUCAACAAACAGCAAAGUUUCAGGCUUCCAAGCCAUUAAAUUCUGAAGAGGGUAAAAAACUCACAACUGGUACUGUUGAUACCGUUGCCGCGAACGAUACAGGAUCUCAGCCAUCAGCCAGUUCGGAGCAGCCAAAGGAUGGAGAAAGUUCUACUACUAUAUCCGUAUCCGAUCAAACAGUUCUCAUAGAUCUCCUCGGCCAAAGCACCGCAGAAGGUUUAAUUGACUUAUAUAGCAAGGUAAACGAAAAUACGAAAGCACAACCUAAAGUCUCCAAAUUUGUGACAAUCGCAGCAAUAACUGAUAAAGCCCAAAGAUCCCGAGUUCAUUCAGAAAUUCGUCGCAUAUUUGGUGGCAAAAUUGACACUGCUACGGAUUCGGAUGGCUCUAUUAAAGCAACGGUUGUCAGCAAAGGUAACCAGCAGUGGGGCAACCGUUCAAGGAAUGAUAGAUCUAGAAACGAUAGAUCUAGAAAUGAGAGAUCCAGAAACAGCGGCCAGAAUGGCGGCCAAGAUCAAGAUGGCAAGUUCUUGCAUUUCACGCUCUACAAGGAGAACCGAGAUACGAUGGACGCGAUUGGUCAAAUAGCCCGUUUUCUAAAUCUCAAGCCCUCCUUCUUCGGUAUCGCUGGCACCAAAGACCGUCGUGCUGUGACUACCCAGCGAGUCAGCAUGCGGAGACGAAAUCCUCAGUCACUAAUUUCUCUUAACAACGACAAGAUAUAUGGCGUGAAACUCGGAGAUUUCAAGUUCGAACAGCAUUCCAUCCACCUAGGACACCAUAGCGGGAAUGAGUUCGUGAUUGUUCUCAAAAACUGCUACUUUAGUGGGACUCAAGAUCUGACCUUUGAACAAAAACUCGAAGUUGCAGAUUCUACCAUAAAGACAGCAUUAGAAAAGGUCACCCAGAAUGGUUUUAUUAACUACUAUGGCACUCAGCGAUUUGGUACACAUCAAAUUGGAACUCAGGAAAUCGGCAUGAAGAUUCUCAACCGUGAUUUCGAAGGUGCUGUACAAGAUCUACUGUCUUUCGACCCUGCUUUACUAGACAUCGACCCUAGCUCUGUCGAAUCAAUGCGUCGUGAAGAUACCUAUCGUGCACGGGCUUGUUCAAUAUUUUCGGAGACCGGUAAUGCGCAGGAUGCGCUUAAGUGUUUACCUAGAAGAUGUCAUGUAGAGUCUGCAUUGAUGCAUCAACUCGAUAAACAUCCUAGGGAUUUUCUCGGCGCGCUCCUUUCAGUUAGUCGUGGGAUGCGUACGAUGUAUGUUCAUGCAUAUCAGUCUCUAGUAUGGAAUUUUGCUGCAAGCAGACGCUGGGAACAGUUCGGUCUGCAAGUAGUCAAAGGAGACUUGGUCCUUAUUGAUUCCGAAGCUUCUACCUCGUCAGAAGGCCGUCAGAACGGAAACGGUGAAGAGGAUAUGAUCCAUCUUAUGAACGGAGGAUCUUUUGCCGAGGAUUCACACGGGUUGAAAGCACAUGCAUUAACAGAGGAAGAAGCUAGUGGUGGGAAGUAUUCCAUCUUUGACGUCGUAUUGCCAUCUCCGGGUUGGGACGUCGUAUACCCGGAUAAUGAAAUUGGACAGUUCUAUAAAGACUUCAUGGCUAAGGAGGAGAAUGGUGGGCUAGACCCCCAAAAUAUGCUCCGGCAACAGAAAGAUUUUAGCCUCCCUGGAUCUUACCGCAAGCUCAUGGGCAAGUUCAUUGGUACACCAGACGCCUCUGUCCGAUCCUACUUGAAGGAUACGGAACAGCUAGUACCGACUGAUUUAGAUCUAAUACGAAGCCGUAAAGCUAAAGAAGCAGCGGAUCGCAAAGCCGCUCAGCGAGAGGCACAAGGACCACCCUCAAAAUGGCAAAGCUUUGCCGAUAAUGUACGAGAUAGUGAUCUCCAAGAAGCUCGAGCCAGGUCCGAGAGACGAAAAGCCGAAGAGUCUACCGACAUGCCAGAGACUCGGACAAGAGAUACCUGGGUGCAGACUUCAGUCAACGGAAGUAACAAGCGAGUCAAAGUUUCUGAGCAGACAGAUGAUAUCAAGGCAGAGAGCGAGAGUAGUAUCUCGCAAACUUAUGAAGAUAAGAUGCAAGUAGACGCAGAUAAGGCUGAUCAGCCAAAUAUAAUCGAAGGAGUGGAGUCGACAGGCCAAGAUGACAGAGAUUCUGGCCAUUUACUUGUCACCACCCUUACAUCACAGGUGCGAGCCGUUGCAAAGAAUGCCAUUCAGUUACUUAUGGCAGCGUUGAGAGUAUUUACUGACAAAAACAUCAUAAAGACUUCCGAGAAUACAACUACGUCCGAGAUUCAACCCGAAGGGCAGACGUCGAAGCCCGUCGUAGAUCCACCUAGCACCACCAGCCGCCAGAACGAAGCGAUAAAGUCGUCAGAUGACAGCGUAGCCGAAACAUCUCAUCAUACCGAACCCCUAGGUGACAUCCACGAUGGCGAACACGAAGCGAACGAGUCAACCCAGUUAACCAACGCUACUACUACUGAUGAGAAGAAAAUCGCAGUGAUCCUUCGAUUCGCACUAAACACUAGCCAGUACGCAACCAUGGUUCUUCGAGAACUUCAAGGGGCGAUCCCCACCAGCGAUGACACGGCUAUUUCAGAUUCUCUAUCAACUUCUCCCGGCCAAGAUAUUGUCAACUCCCUAUAA